AUGUUUUUAACAGUGACUCUCUUUGUAGUUUGCCUUUCAUCAACGAUAGCUAGUAGUAGUGGUAGUUAUUCUACAUCAUGUACAUGUACACAAGCUUCAGUAAAUGGUACAUUUUGUUGGACAUGGACAUGUCAAACAAAUCAAGUAACAAAAUGUUUUGCUGGAGAUGCAACAGUUGAAUUAUCGAAAACUAAACAACGUAAAACAAUGAGAAAUUUAAAUAUAGGAGAUGAAAUACUUGUUAAUAUUAAUGAACAAGGUAAACGUAUAUAUGAACCUAUUUAUGGUUUUAUUCAUGCAAAUCAUAAUGGAAUAUAUGAUUAUUUAAAAAUAACAGUAGAAAAUAAUUUUCAACAACAACCAUUAAUAAUUUCAAGUAAUCAUUUAAUUUUUCGUUUUAAUCAAACAAAACCUUGUUUUGCUGGACAUUUAAAAAUUGAUGAUCAAUUACAAGUCAUAUCUAAUGAUGGAAUAAGUCAAGCUGGAUCUAUUGUAGAUAUACGCUUGAUUAAAAGUCAAGGUUUUUAUGCACCAUUGACACACAGUGGGAAAUUAAUAGUCGAUGGUAUUUUGGUAUCAAACUAUGCAGUUGUAGCUAAUCAUCAACUUGCUCAUUUAGUAAUACAACCAUAUCGAUGGUGGAUUUCUAUUCUAGGUUCAUCAUCAUAUUCAGAAAAUAUUCAGUGUUAUUUUCAAUUUCUAUAUACUUUCGUAGAAAAAAUCAAUAAAUGGUUAUUUUCAAUAGAUUUAUAUGAUGGACAUAUUUUUAUUUCAAGUUUAUAA